AUGUUUCACGCCGGCCGCGAUACCGCCGCCGGGGCGACGGUGGUGAGUGUGAAUCAGAACUUUUCCUCCCGCGUUCGCUCCCGCUCCUCCUUGUCGUGGCAGCCGGAGGAAGAGGCGUUGUUUAAGGCCUUUGCGAAGAGCGGCAACGUGUAUGAAAAGCUCGCCCGCAGCAUCGACCCCGCGAUCUUCGGUCUGCAGGAUCAGAAGAAGGCAAUCGUCUGUUUGCUUUUUAGUGGAACCCGGAAACGACAGGGGAAUAACUACCUCCGUGGGGAUAUGAACGUGCUUUUUAUCGGGGAUCCCUCCACCGCGAAGUCGCAGCUGCUGAAGUACACCGAAAAGGUCGCCCCGAUAGGGAUUUACACCUCCGGCAAAGGCAGCAGUGCGGCGGGUUUGACCGCGUCGGUGGUUUCGAGUGGCAACGGCGAUUUCGUGCUGGAGGCGGGGUCGAUGGUUCUCGCGGAUGGCGGCGUCGUCUGCAUCGACGAGUUUGACAAGAUGCGUGAUCAGGAUCAGGUCGCCAUUCACGAGGCGAUGGAGCAGCAGACCAUUUCGAUCGCGAAGGCUAACCUGACGACGAUGCUGAACAGCCGCACGUCGGUUCUGGCCGCGGCGAACCCGACAUUAGGCAGCUAUGAUCCACUUCUCUCCAAUGAGGAUCAGAUGGACUUUCAGAGCUCCAUUUUGUCGCGUUUUGAUCUGAUUUUCAAGAUUAUCGACCCGCAUAACCCCGAAGUUGAUAGUCGUCUCGCGCAUCACGUGGUGAAUCUGCAUAAAACGGCCCGACGCGGCCACACCGAUGGCGAGGCUGACAACGGGAUCGGGUUAGGCGCCGCGGGUAGUUUGGAGAACGAAACCGCGAAGACCGUAAGUAGCAUCACCCAGAACGGUACCGUGGAUCGGCUGUUCUUCACUAAGUAUAUCUCCUACGCACGGGCGACAUGCCACCCGAUCAUCUCGGAGGAUGCCAUGACCGUGCUUUUGGACUUUUACGUCCAGGUUCGCCGCGAUGUGCAUCAGCAGACCCUCGAGACGCUUUCCUCAUCUUCACCUUCUGGUGGAGAGGGUGGUGCGAAUGCAAAUCAGUAUAGCAAGGGGGGUGGCGGGUUUGGUGGAAGUAAGUCGCAAAUGCCCAUCAUACAAAUCACUGCCCGUCAACUCGAGAGUCUCGUGCGCAUCACAGAAUCUUUGGCAAAAAUGCGCUUGGAUGUGCUUGCAACACGUAUGGAUGCCGAGGAAGCUAUACGUCUCUUCAAAUUCUCUACAGUAGAUGCAAUUCAAAGCCGUGCGGCCGAUCAAACUCUGACAGAAGCACAAAGUCAAAUUAUUUUGCGAAUUGAAGAGGCGCUUCGGCGCCGUCUGACACUUGGGGCCACCGUUGAGUAUAACCGACUUAUCUCUGAGAUGGUUCGUAUGGGGUUUGAAACUAAAAUGGUAGACCGGGCGUUGUACGCCAUGACGAAGCGAGAUGAACUAGAGUGGCGCAAGCAGCGAACACUCAUUUAUAGAGUGCGGUAA